ACGGCGCGACAGGACGCCCGCAUACAUACCGGAAAAUCAAGCCCUCUGUUUCAGUUGUUCUUCACCUGAAACGCGAAGAAACCCUAGUCCCCAUCUCAAUCCCCAGCCAUGGAUUCCACCGCCGACCCGAAGGGCAAGCGCCCUCUCUACCAGGAGGACGGCCUGGCUUACGCUAGGGCCGCCGCAGCUGCUGCGUCCGCGACCGCGGCCGCGGCGCCGGAUGAGGAGGAGGCGAAGCCGAAGCCAAAGCCCUCGUCUUCCUCGGAGGAGGCGAAGCCGGAACCGGAGGCGGAGGAUCAGGCGGAGAUGCCACCCCUGGUGCUGGUGGCUGAGGACGGCGUGGAGGUGAGCAUCUCCCGCCGCGCGGCGCGGAUGUCGCACAUGCUCCGCCUCCUGAUGGAGGACAGCUGCGCCGACGGCCCCAUCCCCGCCCCCAAUGUCCACUCCGACAUCCUCGACCUCGUCGUCCAGUACUGCGAGAAGCACGGGCCCUACUACGACCCCGAGGCCUCCGAGCGCGCCCGCAACCCCUUCCCGCCCUUCCCCGUCGAGCUCACCCCCACCGUCUCCUCCAUCAAGCCCGUCACCUACGUCGACCCCGACCCGCACGGCCUCAAGGACUGGGACAAGGACUUCAUCUCACUCGACAACUCCACCCUCUUCGAGGUCAUCCUGGCCGCCAACUACCUGAACAUCGAGGACCUUCUGGACCUGGGCACCACAACAGUGGCUGACAUGAUGAGGGGGAAAAAGCCAGAGGAGAUCCGUGAAAUCUUUGAGAUCGAGAACGACUACACACCGGAGCAGGAGGCCGAACUCAGGAAGGAGAACGCGUGGGCCUUCGAGGACUAAAUAAUGAUGCGUACCCUGAUUUUGUCUAUGCUGCUACUCUUGGGUUCAUGUGCAAAUCCCCACCUUAACUUCGAUUCCAAGUAGGCCUAGAUAGAUGGAUGAGUCGGUGAAAACCAAAAACUAUCAUAUGGAGCUAUACAAAAUUCUGCUGUGAACUGUUGAUGCCUGGGUGUUUGAUUUCAAAGUGGUUGAAUCGACGGAACUUUAAUUCCAAUUUGUGUUCAGCUUAGUUAUUUUUGUCAGUUGUACGUGGUUUGCAGUUAAGUUUUUGCUUGUAUCUUGCUGAAUUUUUGGUGCGCUCAUUGCAAAAUUUUGUUCAGUUACAGUUUAUUGUUUGUGUUUCUAUGCUCGACCGUACCUGCUUCUUCUAUGUAAAUUGAGAAGGUAAUUUCAUCAGUGUUUGAUACAGUUCUGUAAAUUAGUGAUGUUUGCUUGUUCCUGUUUCGAUUCUUUGCCCUGAGCAGAAAUUAUCAACUUCAAGUUUAUAGAUACAAGUUUAUAGAUAAGUUGGAGAAAACCGAGACUAUGUGUGGAACAGUUAAGGUUGUAAUGUACAACGCAUAUUUCUUUCAUGUAAAUGUGAUGAAUGUUCUGAAUGUGUUGGUUAUGUCACCAGAAUUUCUGAAUAUGGUAAGCUUUUACCCAUUUGCUCUUAGCUCAUCUGUUCACAAAUACUUAUCGCUUACACUGAUGAUAUAUGAGCUGUGAAUUUGGUAAGCUAAUUGCACAUUUACUCUUAGUUGCUCCAUCUUUUUAGAAACACUUGUUGCUGACGCUGACAAUUGUUAUGUUGUGAUCCAAAUUUGUAUAAAAGAGAGGCUAACUUCUGACAAGCAUUGAAGGGAUCUUCAUCACCUUCUGAGGGACCUAUCGAUAAUUACCCAGCCGGCAGACCAUGGUGGGGGGCUGGAAGCAAUGCCCUCAUACCGGCAGAAGACGGUGGGCUGUGUGGUUUGUUGGCCUUGACAAGUUCACCCUCUACCUGUGCACUGUGGUUGCUGCAACGGGUCCUAAAAGAAAGGAUAUGUGGGUACGAGGCGGAGUUAUAAGGCUGAAUGGGCUCUCCAUUAGCCACCUGUAUCACAGGCCAUCUUUGAUCGGCUCUGCUAAACGUCCUGAUUCAGAUCUUGUUUUCGUGAGCCUAUAUGCUGGCGUCUUCAUGAUCGACCUUGAAUCAGCGUGCGCGGCAAAGGUGUUCGAGAGGGAUGAAUUCAACGCCAUCUUUCCCUACAUGAGCUUUUGCACUCCAGGUGAUAUCCUCAAGCCUGUCAGCUUUUCUAUGUUCGAGUUUUGUGGAUACCUGCCAGAAAGAAGUAACCAAUCACUUGCUUAUUUUAGAUUUCCCUACAUAUACUUAACAAUAGUAGUUUCUAUGCUGAAGCUGCGCCCCAGACAUAAUCUUGCUAAACCGUCUGAAUAAGUAGCAUGCCUUAAAACAUGCUAUUUUUUGUUCGAAACCCCAAUGUUGUAUUGAAGAAAAUAGAUCACUUUAGAUUUUGGAGCUAGAUUGUUGUGGCAAGGAUAAUUGUGCUAGAAAAUAUCAUUCGAGUCACUUGGCCAGUGGACCAAGGAGGUUUUAUGAACAUUUGUCCUCUAUGCAAAUAAUUAUGGAAGUUACAAGCUGCAGAGGGUCCGUGCUUAAGAAUAGUGUGCUUUCCUUGACAGAGUUUAAACCAUUGGACACCUUGUUUUGUGUCAAGGUUUAGCUGAGAGUUAAUAAUCUUCCAAUCUUUAUGCAAUAAGAUAGGAAAUUAGGAUAGUAUCAGUCCUUUUUCUUAUGAUUAGCUUGAUGGCCGACCUCUUUCUGAGCAGUUUCCUAGGCCUUUUAACUGAACUACUUUGGUGCAAGUUCCCUUCUAGACUCAAGGAUGUGUGAGGUUCAGAAGGGUAUAGGGAUUGGGAGAAAAUUGUCAACUCCGGCUGAAUUUGGAUAAAAACAUGUCAAUCUGUUAGUCCUAUGUGAUUCUUCAGAUCGAUUAGUAUGGAUUAUCAAUCCUUACAAGAAUUCUCUGCUUACUGAAACUAUGAUGCUCUAAAAAAAGAGCAGGUCCAUUUUCCAUCCAAAGGGAUAUAAAAUUUUAAUUGACAUUUGAUAUAAGAGCUUUUCUUUAACUGUUGGAUGCAUAGGUACAGCAUUAUUUUAAACCAAGUAUACUAGUCUUUUGAAUAGACGGUGUCAUGGAUAGUCUAAGUUUAUUUCUAUAACUAAGUACAUGUGGCCCAUUGUGCUCUGUUAGUUUGAUCCACAUAACAUUCUUGACCUGCUGAUUCAUGAUCUGGGUAACGUCUUUCCGGAGUACUGUCAUGCACUGAUUAUGAUUUGGAUGUGUGGUUUAUUUUGGGCCAUAACGUGAGUUAGGCAUAGAUCAAUGUUUUGAUCAUACGCAGCCAGCUGAUCGUUCACUACAAACUUAUCAUAUCUGUAACUGCUCGCUUUUUUGUUGUUGUUUAUCACAUAUGCAGUGCCACAUGGAGAUGUUAGAGCAGGGAAGCUGGGUGUUGUUGCAGCAAACAGCAUGUCUUCCACAGGUUUCGAGGAUGGGGUAACAGCACUGCGUUUGGAGGCACUAUAGGCUUGCGGACGUUCAGCUGUUAGUCCGAGCUCUGCUGAUGUAUUGAUGCCAUGGUCGACUAAGCUGUUUCUGGAACGUUGGUGGUGAUGAGUUCUUAGGCGAUACUGUUGGUGGUGAUGAGUUCUUAGGCGAUGCUGUUGGCCUGAUGCUCUGCUUUGUUUUCAUGUUGCUCAGGCGUUUUGUUACCUGGCCUUGUAAGAACUUGUGAGCUUCACUUGUGAUCUGGGGAGCAGUUUUGCUUCCCCUGUUUCAAGUAAAUUACAAUAACUUUCGCAAGUGUACCUGUUGAGAGAACAAUGUGCUGUGUUUAGCAUUUGUCAUGUAUGAGAUAGUUUUCAGUUCACUCUCGAGAUAUCCAUUUGGGAACGAAAUUCGCCUAGACUUGAA